AUGUGCAAAUCAAAGAAAGUUAAGAAGGCGCUAUCUCCUUCCAGGAACCAUGAGUCAGCAAAAACCACUGCUACAUCUCCAUCUCUUUUAUCCGACGGUAUCGAUGAGAGCAAUCCCCUAUUCUUCUACAUGCCCGAUGCCGCCCACGGAGAGUUCUGCCAGUGGUUCUCAGCCAAUUUCCAAGUUUCCAGAGAAAAAAUUGCAGUAUUGAUUGGCCAGAAACCCGAUGACCAGCCUGCAGAGACUCACGAUGACCUCAUCACAUUCAACUGCGCGGAGCAGUUUAUGAUGAUUUGCAAGGCCGGCCGCUUUGGUGACCGCGAGACCCAACGGCGAAUAAUGUCCGCUGAUAGCCCUAAGGAGCAGAAGAGAAUGGGCAAGCUGACUGAGGGUUUUACCAGCUGUCACUGGGAUCCUGUUAAGAGUGAUGUGGUGGUGGCCGGCAACAUUGCCAAGUUCGGGCAUAACCCAAAGCUUAAAAACAAGUUGCUGGCAACAGGUCAGCGACUACUGGUAGAGGCAGCGUCACGGGACCCGGUUUGGGGCAUUGGUUACACUGAGAAGCACGCCAUGCAAUUCCGCAAGCACUGGGGGGAGAAUCAGCUUGGAAAGGCUUUGAUGGCAGCAAGGCAGCAUUUACGAAACGAGAACGAGCACCAGCUAACAUGGCAUUAA